GGCAUCGUUGCGCAAAUUCCUCCAACAUUCUUUAAUUUACUUGUAAAUAAAUUAAUAUUUUUUAUUAGAACAAUAAUAUAUUUUUAAUAAAAAAUAUAUUAAAAAAGGGUUUUACAUUCUCCUGUAUUUGUAUCCGUAUUAAUUAAGUAAGUGUUACGCACCAAAGGAACCUAACCUCGUCAUCAUCAUUUAUUCCUCCACAAAACGUUGAAUCGGAAAUUUAAUUGAAUACUAGCAAAUAAAAUGUCUCCACUAAACGAUUUACGCAUAGCUGUUAUUUGUUCUUGUAACAUGAAUCGUAGUAUGGAAGCUCACGCCUUCCUAGCAAAAAAGGGCUUCCAGGUUAAAAGCUAUGGAACUGGGGAUAAAAUCAAGAUACCCGGUUCAGCACCGGAUAAACCAAACGUUUACGAUUUUGGCAUCACGUAUGAUGAAAUUUAUCACGACCUGCUGACCAAAGAUAAAACACUUUAUACGCAAAAUGGUAUGUUGCAUACUCUAGACCGUAAUAGGAGAAUUAAAUUGAAACCAGAAAGAUUCCAAGAAACUGAUGAAAAAUUUGAUUUGCUAAUAACAUGUGAAGAAAAGGUGUAUGAUCAAGUUAUAGAAUACAUGGAGAGUUUAACUCCAACCAACAAUUCCAUUGCACAUGUUAUUAAUUUUGAUAUUCAAGAUAAUUUGGAAGAGGCUACUAUAGGAGCUUUUUUGAUCAGUGAUUUGUGCACCAUGAUGAUCAACAGUGAUGAUCUGGAUAAUGAAAUAGAAGAAGUCUUGCAUAAUUUUGAGGAAAAAGCACAGAGGCCUAUUUUACACAGUAUUGUAUUUAAUUGAUUAUACCAUUACUAGUGUAUACCGUGCACUCACUCCAAAGGACCGAUUGCUUUCAUAUGUUCCUACAGGAUUUCUAAUUUCAUUUUACUCAAGGAUAUUUUUAGUAGUGGGUCCAUAAAAAAAGAAAAUUUGCCUGCAUUAACAAUUUCCACAAUGCCAGCUCCUAUUCCCACCUACCAAAGAAAUGUAACAGGAAGUUAAACAAUCUACUGUCUAAAAAUUUAAGCCACGGUAUAUUUACACCUAUUAAACUCGUCGUAACUGACGAAAAACUGGGAUGUUUUCAGUGCUACUAACUGUAUACAUAAUAAUUUUAAUAUUUUAAUAGAAAACUUGUUAAGUAUAUUUUAUUAGUAUUUAUCCUUAUCCAAUAAAACUAAAUUUUAUAAACCAAUA